CGCUGUGCUGAGCGGAAGCCGCCCGUCGGUUUCCGGUGUGAGGAGCUGCGGGCGCCCGGUGCCGGCGGAGCGCACGAGGAUGGUCAGGAUGAGCAAAGACAGCAAAUGGCGGCUACAACAAGUGUUCCGCUGCACACAGUUCGCCAUCCGCUGGGGCUUCAUCCCGACGGUGCUUUACCUGGGUUUUAGAAGAGGUGGGGAUCCAGGCAUGCCAGAACCCAAUCUUCUAAGUUUGCUGUGGGGAUGAAAACAGAAAAUUUAUCAUUGCAACUGGAAGAACCAUUUGAGUGGAAUAUUGGAAAGAACAGAUCAUUGCUGAGGAUGGAUUCCCUGCAUUAUAGAUCUACAACAAAAGGGUUUUCCAGACAAUAUAAUAAUCCUGUAAAAUAAAACUGUAUUUGUGGCUCCAUGUACAAUUAGAACUAUAGAAAAAAAGAAAGAAAAUAAAGAAGAACCUAACCAUGGCUAUCAGGUGCCUUAGUUAAAAAACUAAGCACUUCUUUAAAAUGAGAUGCUUUUGUGGAAUUUAUUUGAAUGCAUCGAAUGUUAUCUAAAAAGACAACGGUUGCAAUUAUUGAAAUCUUCAAUGUAUUGUGCAAGCUUUAUUUAAAACUCUUGCAUUCAAGUUCAAGAUGAAUAGGGUAAAUUUGACAGUUUUGACUGUUGUAAAGAAGAUAUGAAUUAGAAAUCCAUCAAUUCAAAUAGUAUGUUCUAUGAGUGAUGUAUUUGCUUAUAUGCAGCUGAUUAAAGAAAAGACUGUUGUACUCUGAUUAAAUGUGAUCUGUACCUUUCCUAAUAUAUAAUAUUUUACACUCAAUUGUGAAUCUUAGUUUUUGUCCGGUAUCGUCUAUUUUUUUCAUUACUUUCUGGAGGAGCAGGAAUUAGAUGUACGGUUAAGAAAGUCACACUUGCUAUUUAAUUUAAAAUCAAGCUACUUUUUCGUUUUUAUAAACUUUGAAAUGUUAUUUGAACAUUGUUGAAUCAUUUAAAUGCUUCUGUUUAUUUUCAUGAGGAUUAAUAUUUACUGUAUGUAUAAAAGCUUUAAUUGGCACACAAUCUAUAUCACUAAUAAAACAUACUUUCAUAGCUUGCAAAAA